UCCCCGCCCCGUCCCUCCCUCCCUCCUUCCCCAUGGUGCCGACCCCGGCGGCGGGGCGGCUGCCAUGAACCCCAGCGGCCUGCCCUGCUCCUCGCCGUCGCCGGUGCUGGGGCCGCCGGCGGCGGGGGUCGGCGCGGCGGGGCUGGCGGGCGGCGGCGGCGGGGCGGGGGCCGGAGGAGGCGGAGGAGGAGGCGGCGGGGCCGUGAAGCUGAAGUUCUGCCGCUACUACGCCAAGGACAAGACCUGCUUCUACGGCGAGGAGUGCCAGUUCCUGCAUGAGGAGCCCGGCGCCGCCCCCGCCGGACCGGGGCCCGCCGCUCCCCUCGGAGCGCUGCCCCUCGGCCUCCCCCCGGCCGCCGCCGCCGCCGCCGGGCCCGGAUACCCGGUGCCUCACGGGGCCAGCCCGGGCCCGGCGGCGGCGGUGGUGGGGCCGAAGAAAGCCGAGCUGGGAGCGGGAGGCGGCGGAGGAGGCGGCGGCGGUGGCGGCGCGGGGCUGGAUGGCCCGCGGCUGGCGAUUCCUGGAAUUGAUGGCGGUGGGUUAGCUGAUGCUAGUCUCACAGAUUCUUACUUUAGCACCAGCUUCAUUGGCGUUAAUGGAUUUGGAAGUCCUGCUGAAUCCAAGUAUCCCAUGAUGCAGAGGAUGACAAAUAGCAGCAGCUCUCCUAGCCUUCUCAAUGACAGUGCCAAGCAAUAUGCAGGCCAUGAUCCACUAACUUCACCAAAUUCAUCCUUGUUUAAUGACUUUGCUGCCCUCAGUGUUUCACAGAGGAGAAAGCUGGCAAAACCAGCAUUUCCUUCGUUUAUCACUGACUUGGAGGACAGAUAUAAUACAGUCCUGCCCAGGAAGUAUCGACUGGGGAUGCUGGAUGAGAGGAUAGUUCCGGUGGGAUCAAAAGCAAGAAAAUCAAAGAACCCUAUUGGCUGUCUGACUGACAGGUGUAAAACAGGAGUACCCAUCAAUAUGGUUUGGUGGAACAGAGUCACAGAAAACAAUUUACAGACACCAAACCCCACUGCAAAUGAAUUUAUUCCUAAAGGAGGAUCAACCUCCAGGCUGAGUAACGUAUCCCAGUCUAGUAUGUCUGCCUUCUCUCAAGCCUUGUUUUCUCAUCCCUCCAUGGGAAGUCCUGCCGCUGCUGGGCUAGCACCAGGAAUGUCGUUAUCAGCAGGAUCUUCUCCUCUUCAUUCCCCCAAAAUAACUCCUCAUACAUCUCCUGCUCCUCGACGAAGAAGUCAUACUCCUAACCCAGCAAACUAUAUGGUGCCUACUAGUGCCUCUGCUUCUGUUGCUAACGCUGUCUCUCAGCCUCCAUCUACUGGCCAGGUGAUCCAGAAGGAAACAGUGGGUGGAACAACGUACUUCUAUACUGAUACAACUCCAGCACCUCUCACAGGAAUGGUAUUUCCAAACUACCACAUUUACCAUCCAGCUGCACCUCAUGUUGCAUAUAUGCAGCCAAAAGCAAAUGCACCUUCCUUCUUCAUGGCGGAUGAGCUCAGACAGGAACUCAUCAAUAGACACCUAAUAACGAUGGCCCAGGUUGAUCAGGCUGAUAUUCCUGCAGUUCCAGCAGAAGUGGACAGCUACCACAGUCUCUUUCCUUUAGAACCAUUGCCACCACCCAAUCGCAUACAGAAAACAAGCAACUUUGGGUACAUUACGUCAUGCUAUAAAGCUGUAAAUAGUAAAGAUGACCUGCCAUAUUGCCUUCGGAGGAUACAUGGUUUUCGUCUUGUUAACACGAAGUGCAUGGUGUUGGUUGACAUGUGGAAAAAAAUUCAGCACUCAAAUAUAGUAACCUUACGUGAAGUGUUUACCACUAAAGCAUUUGGAGAACAUUCUCUUGUUUUUGCAUAUGAUUUUCAUGCUGGAGGAGAGACUAUGAUGAGCAGACACUUCAAUGACCCUAGUGCUGAUGCCUAUUUCACAAAAAGAAAAUGGGGUCAGCAUGAUGGACCUUUACCACGACAGCAUGCGGGUUUGCUUCCAGAGUCGUUGAUAUGGGCAUAUAUCGUGCAGCUCAGCUCUGCCUUACGGACCAUUCAUACAGCAGGACUAGCAUGCAGAGUUAUGGAUCCAACAAAGAUUCUAGUAACUGGCAAGACAAGGUUACGAGUAAAUUGUGUUGGAAUCUUUGACGUUUUAACAUUUGACAACAGUCAAAAUAAUCCACUGGCGUUAAUGGCUCAGUUUCAGCAAACAGAUCUGAUCUCCCUGGGGAAAGUUGUGUUGGCUUUGGCUUGCAAUUCUUUAUCAGGAAUUCAGAGAGAGAAUUUGCAGAAAGCGAUGGAACUGGUGACAAUCAACUAUUCCUCUGAUCUGAAGAAUCUGAUCUUGUAUUUGCUGACUGACCAAAACAGGCUUCGCAGUGUAAAUGAUAUCAUGCCUAUGAUUGGUGCGCGAUUCUAUACUCAAUUGGAUGCUGCUCAAAUGAGAAAUGAUGUUAUUGAGGAAGACCUUGCAAAGGAGGUCCAAAAUGGAAGGUUGUUUAGGCUUCUAGCAAAAUUGGGAACAAUCAAUGAGAGGCCAGAGUUUCAGAAAGACCCAACGUGGUCAGAAACUGGAGACAGGUAUUUACUAAAGCUCUUUCGAGAUCACCUUUUCCAUCAGGUGACAGAAGCGGGUACUCCUUGGAUUGACCUCAGUCACAUUAUCUCAUGUCUUAACAAGGCAAUUGUCAUCAAAUAUUGGUGACAGGAGUUGCAUGGAGGUUGCUUGGAAGAUCAUGCAACUCAGUUCUGGUAUUACUUUAAUAUUGUAUUUGAGAAGUCAGAACAAAACAUGAAAACAAAUGUGGAACAAAUUUUAAUCUUUAAGCCUGAAUUAUCCUUUCAUUUAUGGACUGUAAGUAGGUAAUGUUUUUCUUAGAAUAAGGGAAGAAGUGUACUCUACAGAAGGCUUGAACUAGUUUGUGUCCACUAUGGAAAAAAAAACUGUGAGAUUUGGGUUUUUGCUGUUAUUCAGAGUACUUGGGGUUGGUCCGUCCAUUAACUCACUUCUAGAAUGGGCAAGAGGUAAUUUACCUACUCUACUAGGAGGCAUGUGGAUCUUAUGUGUAAAUAUAGUGGAUGAUGUGCAAAUGUUAUGUCAAACGUUCUGUUCAUCAGGAGUUCUCUGAAAAUUAUACUAGAUGUUCUGUACAGGGGGAAGUAGUAUUGCAGGAUUACUUGUUUUAUGGACAGGGAAGAAAACAAUGGUAACUUAGUCCACAGGUUUGGGAUGUCCAUCAUGUUAAGACCAAAAUGUCUUGAUUUCUUGGCAAGUAUGUUGUUCUUGUGGAGCUCAGCUGUGUUAACAAAGAAAGGAAGGAUCUGAGUUGCACCGAAAUAACAUACUUGCGAAGAAAUCGAUUGCUUUUGUUAUUGGGGAAAUGUUUUGCCAUUUAUUUCACGCUUCUUUUAUUUUAUCUUUUGCAUUCUUGUUACAGUUAGAUGCUGGUGUGCCAGAAAAAAUAAGCCUCAUUUCCAGAGAUGAGAAGAGUGUACUUGUGGUAACUUACAGCGAUUUAAAACGCUGCUUUGAAAAUACUUUUCAAGAACUGAUUGCAGCCGCAAAUGGUCAGUUGUAGUAUUUGCUGAAAGCAUGCAGGACAUUGCUGAGGAACUUAACCAAUAGCAAAUUGCACUACAGCUGAAUUGUUGUUGUCAUCUCAUUUCACAUUUGGGAAACAAACAGGAGAUGAGCAAAGCUGCUUGCACUUCAGUCAGGUACACUGUUACUUGAAGGGAAGAAUGUUUCACUUAUCCUAGAGCUAAGGCUGCCAUUGGAGGCUUUAUCUGUGAAGAAUUUAUUUUAGAUUAAGGAACACAUCAGGUGCAUGAUGUUCCUGCUUUUAUUUUUUCCACUUGUAUAUGCACUAAUUUUAAUUUUUUUAAGACUUUUCUGAUCUCUGAAGUUUUGCCACAUUGUAUACUUAAGGGAAACUCUUUGCAAGGACGUUUCUGGGAUACAUUUUUGUCACUGAGGAUAAAGCAAAUUUAUUCAUUUUUGAUAUUAUUUGCACCCAGAAUAGCAUAAAGGACCAGGUAAAUAAUUUAAUAGAGAUUGUGUUCUAUUAAUUACCAUUUAGUUCGUAACCUCUGUAAAAGUGCGUUGUAUGCAAGCUCUGUAUGCCACCCACUGUUAGCUCGGAAAAAAAAAAAGAAGAUGGAAACUUUAAAAUGGAUCAGCUUGAAGUA